CAGCCUUAAGUAGUGCCCGCCGCGAUUUAGAGAGAGCAGGGGGCGCCUCAUUACUAUUUUUAGAGAGAGAGAGAGAGAGAGAGAGAGAGAGAUGGGUCUUCCUUCCGAUAUGAGAGACGCUUGGAGAAGGCGAAGAGAGUCAUUUGUGAUCGCUUCUCCUCAGGAGCCAUCCACUCUCACAUUAGCAGAGCAGAGAGCCUUGAAUUCGAAGCGAUGCACAGAAGAAGGGGUUCGUGCUGGGAUCAAGGCAGCUUCCAUUGCUUGUGUAGCAAGUGCAGUUCCAACUUUGAUUGGUGUACGCGUUAUUCCUUGGGCAAAGGCUAAUCUCAACUAUACAGCACAAGCACUAAUCAUAUCAGCAGCUUCUAUUGCGGCGUAUUUCAUUACUGCUGAUAAGACCAUAUUGGAGUGUGCAAGGAGAAACAGCAUCGCCAAAUAUGAUAGAUCCACUUAAAUGAUUAUUUCGGCCCAUACUGUAAUGUUGAGAUUGUGCAAAAGCUUGGAUCAAUUCCCUUAUGUUAUUGUUUUUUCUCAUCAAUUUUGUACAUGGAUAGCUGUUACCCAUUGCCGAAUAAAUCCCAAAGGUUGCUUUCUCGCUCCUGGUAAA